CUUAAUAGAAAUACUGUCUGAAUUAUAUAUUGCAGUUUUUUAAACAUACACAGACAAUAAUACUACAUUCUAAAUAGAGUGAUCUUUGGUAGGACAUGUAAUCACAAAUGAUUGAAUUAGUUAAUCCUAUAUUUGUGUGAUUAAUAUUAAUAUAGCCCUGCUUAAACCCCCAUAAAUGAUAUUGAUCAAUUCAAAAAUAAAGUUUUACAGUAUUAUAUUAACAGUAUAUGAAGUGUGCCAGUAUAUUGAUUGAUAAAGACCUAUACAAUAGUUUCAAGAUGUUUUGUGUGACAUUAUAGAGUAAUUGUGAUGAACAGAAUGUCAAAAUUGCAACAUAAGGUUGGAUAUCUACAAAACUAUAAAAAUGGAUAUUAGAAAUAUCAGUUCAUGGUGGAAUAGUAAAGUAACCCAAACUGGCAGCAUCUGAGGUGGCUUACAAUGGGGGUUGGUGCCAGUGUGCCACAACAGCCUAGCUCAACACCUGACCCAGAUACCUACUAUAAACAACAGUAUUGGCAGCAACAACAACAUCACCAGCAUCAUGAACCAGUGAAGUUUAACCAUGAUGUGUAUAAUCAAAGACCAUGGCACUUCCACCAGCAAGCACAUGAAGGCAAUAGAUAUGACCCAUACAAUGGCUAUGAGUCGCAGUUGAGUCUGCAGCAACAACAGUGGAAGGCCACCCAAGAGCAGCAGCAGAAGCUCCAGGCACAAUGGGAUGAGUAUAACAUUAAGCAAAAGGAGUACCAACAGAAACUCAUAGAAUAUGAGAAAGAAAAACAUGUAUAUGAGCAAGAGUUGAGAGAACAGGAAAGAAAAGAACAGGAGAGAAUAGAACAAGAAAAAAAAGAACAGGCAAGAAUAGAGCAAGAUAAAAAAGAACAAGAGCAAAUAGAGCAAGAGAGAAAAGAACGUGCUAGGGAAGCUGAUGAAAAUAAAGGACAAUCAAAUGACCAAAGGGACAUCAUAAAACAAUGGGAAGUCUUCUUUCUUGCAUUAGAGGAUGACCAGAAAGCCCAAUGGGAAAAAUACUUUAAGCAGUUAGAGCAGAUUCAAGAAGAUGGUUCUCGUGAACUUGAUGCUCAACAACGGGGCCAGUUAGCUGCAUACCAGAGACUAAAUAAUCCAAAACCAUUACUAAGACAACCAACUCAGAAGCAAUAUCAGUACACUGUAGAUACAAAAUACCAUUUAUUUGAGUCAACAUACAACUUCAGUGUGACACCACGUUGGAAGAUCUCAUCAACACGCCCUCGUGUCAGUCAGGGUAAUGUAUGGACUGAUCCUAACUUCACAUUUGACACAGCAAUACCUGGUGAAAGAUAUGCAGAAACAAAAACUAAACUGGGUUAUUUUAGACCACAGGAGGUUAAAAAGUAUGGAGAGGUGCCUCUUUGUCUCUUCCACAACAGCACAUCAAAGUUUGACAUUGGCCAGGGUGGUGUUGGCACAUGUUGGUUCCUUGCUACCAUUGCUGCUUUAGCUGAGAAACCAGAAGCCAUGAGAAAUAUCUUCCCCAGUGAUUGCUACAAAUUGAACACAAUUGAAUAUGAUGGAGUUUUCCACUGUCGAUUAUUCUGGGCAGGAGAAUGGGUGGACAUUUAUGUAGAUGAUCUUCUUCCUGCAUACAAGCGUAACAAAGAGGUCUGGGGGGCAAGGGGGGUAGAGCAGGGCAAAGAUGACUUCACUGGUGAACUAUGGGUGUCCCUUCUCGAGAAAGGUUUAUCAAAAUUCAUGGGAAGCUAUGAGCAAGCAGCUUCUAACACCGGUCGCUUUGCCUUUGUUCUCCUGACUGGUGGCUGCACAAAUCUGGUGGAAAUACACAAUAAUGACAAGUUUGCUGAUCGUCUGCGCAGAGCUCUGGCAUCAUCAGCUUUUGUUACUACAUCUUUCCAUGAGACACCUGAAGAAAAGGCAAGCGGUAAGAGCAAUAGGCUUGGUCUAGUAUCAAGUCACCUGUAUUCUCUCACUGGUUGUGUCCAGGUAGAUGCCCAUGGUCGUCCCACCACCCUUGUGAGACUUAGGAAUCCCUGGGGACAUAAGGAAUGGAAUGGGCCUUGGUCAGACAAGUCACCUGAGUGGAAUAAAAUCACUGUAGAGAGAAAAUCACAAUUGAUGAACAAAAGUGAUGAUGGAGAAUUUUGGAUGUCACUCGAAGAUUUUUCACAGUACUUUCAGAAUUGCAACUUUUGCUCAUUCACUCCAGAUGUUGAUUUUGAUGGAGAGCCAGAUCCUUUAAAUUAUGUGACAAACAUCCUUGGAGAGUUCAGAGAUUGCGGUGAAGGAAUUGGUGGUCCUGCUAGGAGUGACUAUAUGAGAAAUUCCACCUAUGUUGUAGAAGUACCUGGAGAUCCCUCAGAAAACAUUCCUCUGGUGGUACAAUUUACAAGUAAACGCUUCCCAAAAGACGAGGAAAAUAUUUCCAUGGGAAUUGUGGUUUUCAAGGUAUACCGGGAGCAGGAAGGGGAAAAAUGUUUGAAUGUUGUUCAACUCAAGCCAACGGAGAAGAGCAUGAAUACAUACUACAACUCUUACGUUUACUUUAGUACCCCGGGCAAGUUCCUUGUGCUGCCAUAUGUCUUCAGUGAUGUCAGCAAAGAUAUAGGUGCUCAUUAUAACAUCAGGGUUUUUACAAAAGUUCCUGUAACAAACUGCAGAGAGUAUAAACCUGGGUCCGGCACAAUAUUCCUGGCUCCCUCGAUGACAGAGGAGUUUAAGGCAAAGGGAAUAACCUAUAAACCAGAGAAAGUUCAGUUCCAUGAUGGUGCCUGGGUGAAAGGGGAGAAUAAUGGUGGCUGGACCUCAAGCAAGACUUUCCAUACUAACCCACAAUAUGAGUUCACCAUACCCCCUGGAGAGCAUGAACCCUUGAUGGUCAGCUUAAGUAUCCCACUUCCCACAAAGAAUGAACCCACUCUAGGAAUAAUACUAUUUGGACCUUUCAACAAUAAUUUCAAAAUACCAUUUCAACAUAAAAACCCAUCCAGGCUCCAAACAGCUUUGCUGGUACAAGAAGAUGACAAUGCUAGUGCCAAAACUUACAUAUACAUGAAGUAUUUUGGGGUAAAUGCAAACUAUUUGUUAGGACCAGGGCGAUAUGUGCUAAUACCAAACUUAAAAUCCCUAAUUGAAUUCAAAUAUUCACUAACCAUGGUAUUCAAGAAUGAAAUAUCAGUGAAAUGCCAUAGAAGGGGAUUUAACACAUCCAAGAAAACUAGCAAGAGAUAGUGUUGAUAUGAAUGGCUACAGUAUUUCUACAGUGACUG